AUGAGACUGGGCCUGCAGCGCUCGGCUCUCUACAGGCUACCUCCUCAGACUUACGCCCGUCUUGCACUCACUGGAUACCCCACCGUACGAACCUAUGCAACAGCCAACACGUCAACGGAGGCUCCCCUUCUUUUCAGGCGAUUUCGCACGUUCGCACGAUAUACAUUCUACCUUGCUGGCUCGACUUUGGUCGGCUGCUUCGUUCUGACAGGUGCUAUUUUCCUCCACGAUGCUUUCACCUAUCAGGAACGCAACGUCGAUCGUGUUCCCGUCGCGCCGCGCGCCCUUGCACCCGAGCGCGGAGGUCCCAAGAAUCUACCCAUCGUCUCGCGCCUUCUGAGCGACUACGAAGACGAGGAGAACCGCGCACUCUCGGAGAAGCCUCACUUAGUGAUAGUCGGCGGUGGUUGGGGCGCGGUGGGUGUCAUCGACAAACUCAACCCCGGAGACUACCACGUCACGGUCAUUUCUCCCGAAACAUACACAACGUUCACCCCCCUACUCCCAUCUGCGGCGGUCGGGACAGUCUCCGUCCGUUCCCUUGUGGAACCCCUCCGGAAGAUCCUCGCCCGCGUACACGGUCACCUCAUCAAUGCCCGUGCCGUCGAUCUCGUCAUGUCUGAGCGCCUGGUCGAGGUGGAGACCGUCGUUCCUGCCGGCUCGCAACCCACCCGCAUGUACAUCCCGUAUGACAAGCUCAUCAUUGCCGUCGGAUCGACCUCAAGCACACAUGGGGUCCCAGGGCUGGAGCACUGCUAUCAGCUGAAGACAGUCGGCGACGCGCAGGCUAUCCGCAAACGGGUCAUUGACAACUUCGAAGCGGCUUCACUGCCCACAACCAGUCCUGAGGAGCGGAAGCGACUGCUCAGUUUCGUCGUUUGUGGUGGUGGCCCGACGGGCGUGGAGACGGCUGCCGAGAUCUACGACCUGUGCCAGGAGGACAUCUUCAACUACUUCCCGAAGAUCUGCAGAAAAGACAUCUCCAUUCAUGUGAUCCAGAGUCGUGAGCAUAUCCUAAACACGUACUCGGAGGCCAUCUCCAAGUACGCUGAGGACAAGUUCUUGCACGACCACAUCGACCUCGUCACCUCCGCCCGCGUUGCCUCCGUCGAGCCUGACAAGGUGGUCUACACCAAAAAGACCGCGGAUGGCAAGGUCGAGACGCACGAGAUCCCGACCAACUUUGUGCUCUGGUCGACGGGCAUCGCGAUGAACCCAUUCAGCAAGCGCGUGUCAGAUCUCCUGCCCAACCAGGUGCACAAGAAGGCGAUCGAGGUCGACGCGCAUCUGCGGGUGAAGGGCGCGCCGCUGGGCACGGUGUAUGCGAUUGGCGACGCGAGCACAAUCGAAACGUCGAUUGUGAGUUACCUGUUGGAGUUGGUGGAUGAGGCGGACAAGAACAAGGACGGGAAGAUUGACUUUGAGGAGUGGGAGAUCAUGGUGUCGCGCAUCAAGAAGCGCAUCCCGAUGGCAGAGGGACAGCUCCAGAAGGUCCGCGAGCUGUUCGACCUGUACGACUCGGACGCGGAUAACUCCCUCAACUUGAAUGAGCUCGCGGUCCUCCUCCAAGAGAUCGGUCACAAGAUCACAGCGCUGCCCGCGACCGCGCAAGUCGCUUCGCAGCAAGGCAAGUACCUCGGAAAGAAGCUCUCCAAGGUCGCCGAGCGUAGUCCCGUCCUUCAGGCUAAUGGCAUCGGGCCCGAGGGCGCGGACGAGUUCGUCGCGCAGCCGUUCCGGUACUUCCACCUCGGCUCGCUCGCCUACAUUGGCAACGCAGCCGUGUUCGACCUGGGUCGGUUCAGCUUCAUGGGCGGGCUCGCGGCGAUGUACGCGUGGCGGAGCGUGUACUGGAGCGAGCAGGUCAGCAUGCGCACGAGGGCAUUGUUGAUGAUUGACUGGGUCGUCCGGGGUAUCUGGGGACGGGACCUGUCGCGGCUGUAG